GAUAUAUUACCUAUCACAAGUGCGUUGUUUACGAGGUUGAUGUAUCUUGCAUUUUUAUGAUGAUGGUUUACAACCUCACUGCCAUCAUGGAACUAUAAAUGGGCAUGUUCCUCUCUCAUUCAACAUGCUCUCGGUUCACAACACACAUUAGCACCAAGAAAGCAUACAUACAUACACCCGUCAAGAGUUAACAACCCCAAAACCAUUCAACUCAAUUCCACCAACCAUGACCCCUCGCAAACAGAACACUCGCAACACUGGAAAAGCCGGACCAGGAAGACCCAAAAAGACUACCACGAACGCUGAUAACUUCCAAGUUCCCAGCCAAUGCAUGAAAAGCACUUUCUGCUCGCCCCCAACCCCAGCCCCAGCACCAACCCACCCCUUUGCUCGCAACGAACUCCUCAAGAGCCUCCUCCCCCGCGCCGGCUACGACUACUCCAUGUUCCACCUCGUCCACCCCGAUGGCAUCAACCACGAGAACUACCUCGCCAUUGACCCCGAGCACGCCGACUGGCUGAUCACCGCUCUGUUCCAAAACAGCGGCGGCAUGAACCCCUACGCCUACGGCUACGACCACCAAAACCAAGUUGGUAACCGUACCGAGUCUCCCCUUCCUUCCCGUAGCCACUUGAACCUCGUCGUCGAAAGCGGUCUGACGACCCUCUUCAACGCGCUCCACGACACUGCCAGUGAGUUGGACCUCGCCGAGAUGCAGCUCGUCGGUAACGACACCGACAAAGCCGGUGCCGGAUACCUUAGCCCGUUUUGGGAGCAGGUAGUUACCGACCCCAAGUACUCGGGGGCUUGGUUCCACAUCGACGUCCCUCAGGGGCAGCAGGUGGGACAGGAGGGGCAGGACAAGUCCACCAUCGUCGGUGGCCCCAAAUGGAAAGUGCCCAAAAGCUGGACCGGGUACCUUCGCACCAACCCGCCCAUGACCCGAGCCCGAGGCCGUGAAGCCACGGUCCCCUAUCUCUGCUCCAUGUCUCGACCCAAUCCCGAACAAGUGCACUACUUCCCCUCCGGGGCUCCUCCGGGUCCCGGAUACAAGCCCCUCGCGACCAUGAACACCAUUCCAAGCCUCUCAUCCCCAUCCACCAGUGAAGCUCUCCGUAAAGCUUGCUUAGCCCUACACUCUCUCACGGCGCUCAUUCUCGACGCGCGCGAAUACGUCAUCGAGCGUCCCGGGCGCUUCCCCUCCCGUAACCUUCCGUCCAGUGAUCCGCUCGUCUUGGCUAUUGACCAGUUCCGGAACUACCUUGAAUCUGUCCCCGGUCUACAAUUCGAGGAAUCCAUCCAGCAGGCCUUUUAUUCCUACCAUGCCACCGUGUUCCGGUUGGAGCUUCCCGUAGCGGCCGGACUGUUUGGCGGUAAUGGGACCACCAUGUUCCAGUUCAAGCCGGCCCAUGUGUCGAGGGACACGGGCAAGGUCGUGGAUGAAUCGGUCAUGGUGGCCAGUGUGAGCUCGGCAGGGUCGUCGGAUGUGGAGGAGGACGAGGACGAGGAGGAUGAAAACUUGUCAUCGGAUACGGAAUCCGAUUACGCUUGUAGUAGUUAUGCUGGGUCUGGUUCGGCCAAGAAGUUUAGAAGAUGACCAUGAAGGCGUCGCGUAUGAGUGGGAGGAGUGGUAAUCGGGCAGCUGUUAUGUUUUGUACUGACCGACAAGCCUUCCGGGUAGUUGGGUGUUAGUUUGGAAUAGAGCUGCUUUCAGUACGAUAAUUCGAAUGGUUUGAGUGAAUCUUGUGAUCAUGUGAUACGUUAACGCGCAGAACCACAAAAGAAAGAUUGAAACA